AUUUCAUGUUGAGUUAUAUUAACUAGCUGGAUUACAGCAGUCCAAUGCCAAUAACUUGCAAAUACAACAGUUUCUAAGGACAUAUAAUGCCGAAUCUCUAUAUUUCGUUAACGCUUAUUUGUAUUUUGUGCAAUUUUUCGAAAUCCGAGUUCACUAAAGAAGAUUGCAAAGCUGAUUAUGAACACGGAACAGAACGUUGCUUAAAAAGGGAGCCUGUUUGGAACUACAUACUGGGGGAAUGCCGAGAAAUUGGUUACGGUAGAUGUGAAAAUGCGAAUGAUUAUGCAACAAAGGAAGAAUGUGAGAAGGUUGCUAAGGAAGUUUGUGGAUAGAUUGAUUUUUUCUUUGUCUUCGAAAUAUAAGGUGGAUAUUUGUCUCGAAUAAAAAAAUUCUCUCCCACGA